GAGACAAUUGCAGCCUCUCUUUUACCCUUUUCAGCUGCAGAAUUCAUGCUCUGGAUCCCUAUCCUUUUCUCCUUCCAUUCCCACUUCCAAAAGCACAAAACAAAAGAGAAAAAACGCCCCCUUUUCAUCAGUUCUUGAAUCUCUCACUUUUCUCAGUCCCCUCUCUCUCGCUCUGCAAUGGAAGAUUACAAGAGGAGUCAGAUUCCGGCAUUUGGGUACUGGGAUUUCAGCGACGAUCUCCCGAUUACGCAGUACUUUGAGUCGGCUGCGCAGGCCGGGCUUAUCCGGUUCAAUAACAUCACGGGAGAGAGUGAUUUGUACGGUUACGAUCUCAAGAGGCCCACCGCUGCAACGGUUCAUCGCCCUAAGAUGAAAGAAAACUCGAAAUCUCAUAUGCAGCAUGUAAGCAAGGAGCAAAGGAAGCAAGGUAGGGUCUGUGACGUGACCGAACCUCCAAAGCAGCCAAGGGCCCCAAAAGCCGUGGAUGAAGAUCUCUAUAAGAUCCCACCCGAGCUCUUGCAUGAAAAGCCUAAAAGGAAGAGGGUUAUGGGAUUUUGGUCAAGUUGCCUGGCACCGAGUUGCAUUGCAUGAACGGUGGAGAUAUGCCUCACGUGUAUAAUAAAGUUAGGGGAAUAGGGUUGCUUACUUUAGGAUGCUUUAAUGGGACCGGAUGUUGUUUGGAUGGCCUGGAUGCUUUCUUUCUUUUUCUCUCUCUCUAUCUUUUUUUUUUUUUUUUUUUUUUUUUUCUUUCUUUGGGUGGAUUGGCUUUUGCAUACGUGUACACAUGGCUUGAUCUUUUUGGGAAUCAUCUAUACCCAGCUUAUUGGUAUA